GACUUUUCUUCUUCUUCUUCUUUCCAUGUCACGUAUUUUAUUUUUUUGUAAUGUUACUUUUUUAAUAUUAAUGUUUUUUCUACAAGUAUAUUAAACAAUAUGCGCAUACAUGCAUGAAUAAAGAGCGUAAUCGCAUUGACCAUGAAGUUAUGAAUAAACCAUCUUUGUUUUUCAAGGUGACAAUACAAAAAGGAGAAAAGUCCAAGCACGAUUUCGCGGAGAUUUGGAACAUGUGAACGCUUAACAUAUCAAAGAAAAAUACUGGCGAACCUAAGAAAAACGCCUUUUAACAUUCAACCAAAUAUCGAAUAUAAAUUUAACUAUUUAAUAUCGCCUCUUUUCCCAACGCAUAAAAGUCUUUCAAAAUGGCUAAGUGAGGAAGCAGAUCUUACGAAAUCUUUAGAUAAAACAGACGGUGCACUCACAAAGAUCCAUCGUAAAAGGUUUAAAAGUGUAUGUAAAUUUUGGAGUAAAUUAAAAAUACGAAAAGACUCGAAAAAGCGACUGAACAAAAAUUGUGUAACCUCCAGUUGGAGUCUUCGUCAUGCCGGGGAAACGAUGAAUGCACAAGUUCGAAAUGAAAUUCCAAAAACAAAGAAAUCUAUCUCGUCUCGGCAAAACAGUGCUAGAACUAAACAGAAUACUAACGUCAAACCAGUCAUCGCAUACGACUACGAUGCGGCUAUUAGUCAACCUGACGUACCAAAUGUUUUGGGACAAAAAUUUAAUACCGGCUUAUCCAUACGAAAGAAAGCUUUUAAUACUCGCGGGAAAAAUAAAUUGUCGAUUACAAAAAAUACGGAAACCGUGUCAAAAACAACUUCUAUUUCGAAAUGUCAAAACAAGGAAGAUGAAGUCGACGUUACUGCUACUGAAGAGGGAACUGCAGAAAAUGAAACUACUUCUACCGAGGGCGAAUCGACACCAAUUUUUUUUAAGAAAAAUUUUGAUACGCAAGAGAAUUCACAGAGAGGCAGCUCUGAAGAUAAAAACAAAAGCGGAAAUGAAAAGAAUCUCGACAGUAUAACUCCUAGGUCGAUAAUCUCGCAAAAGAAAGAUAGUAGAAUUCCACGAGCAAAAGGGAACAAAUCACCAGUUGUUGUACAAAUAUCUCGUAAUGAUUCGAUCAAGCGAUUAUCUUUGACAAGCUCAAAAAAAUCAUUUGACACGAUUUCACGUAAGAAAGAUAUGAAGGAAGUCUUAAAGACAAACGCUUAUCCAAAAUACGUUUCAAGCAAACAACAAAAAUCGUGUAUAUUUCUAAACGAUAAACAUGAGCCAAAUGACGAAACAAUCAUCACAGAAACAUCCCCUGCUAUCAUUGGCAGUGCUAGUGAUCCAUCAACUUUCACGGUAUUACAUAAAUUAAAACAAAGCCACAACUAUCGAUCUUGCGACAAUUGUAAUCCAGAUUCAAGCUGUCGAGAUAUUGACGAAACGUUGAGCGAUUCAAGGAGUUCACCGGAAAGGCGAUACAUUACGAAAAAAUGGAGGAGAUCUUUGAAACAUCGCAAAUAUAUAGACACAAGCUCCGACGAUUUCGAUGUAUCGUCAGAUUAUAGUUCUCAAAGCAAUGAGAAGAAAAUAAAAAGUCAUAAAGACUUUCACAGUUCAGUGGCGCCAUUAACAAAAGCCUCUUUGACCACUAAACCAUCGUCAAGAACUAAAAAUCGUCGUGGAAGUACAUUUUCUUUUUUUAACACUCUUUUCGAUAUUGUUUUUUGGCCCUUUCUUUUUCUCAAGUCUGAUCGAUAAUUUUGACGAGUUAUAGAUACAUACGAUUAAUUCGUAAAAAUAAAAAGUCCAAGUUCAUCAAAAUUAAAUAAGCAGAAAAAUUUUGUAAUCAAUAUCUUUCAUGAUCUUACCAAUUGGACAAUUUUCAAUGACGUAAAUACGUAUGUACAUCGUAAAAUAUUUUAUAGACUUCUUAUUCUGUAUAGCAUUUGUUUAUUAUAUAUUUAAUAACGUCUUACUAUUUUCAUUAUUUCUCUAUUAAUUUUAGAUAAAGAAUCAUAAAGAAACUUUUCAGUAUAUAAGAUUUGUAUAUAUACGAAAGAAUAAAACAUCAAUGUAUAAAUAA